UCAAGAGGUGUUUGGGCAUUCGUUGCAUCCAUGAGGAUUUCCUGGAAUUGGUGUGCAAGAAGCGCUCUGCGCUUUUCGGGUGUGUCUGCCUCACACAAAUCCGACGAGCCAAGGCCCAACUCGCUUAUCAACAAGGGCACCGGAGCCGACCAAUCGUCCCUGCCUCUCGCCAACAACGAUGGAUCUGGGUGUUCAGGGCUCAAGUUCGUGGAAGACUCGGAGAACAUCCCAAGACGUGUCGAAGCCAACAUAGCAACAUUGUCCUCGAGCCCAACGAUGUCCUGAAGAGCAUCUGCAGUGUAUGAGGUGUCAAUAGAAGCGAUUUCAGGUUCUCGGUUUUUAGCGCGCACUUGAUGGUUUGUCCAAGCUGCAGAAUGUGUGCUUGUUUCCAAAUGCGCCUUCAGAUUUCUGCGGUCUAUGAACCGUCCAGUUCCCGAC